UCUCGCUCUCUCUCUCUCUCUCUCCCUCUCUCCCUCCCCGCAAUCUACUCGGUCAGUCAACUGGUUUAAAUACCCGUGUCCACAAACCCGGCAAUAUCAAAAUAUUUCCUUCUAGACUGGUCUGCAUUGUUUCUUAAACCACUGUAGGCUUUUGGCUGAGAUAUGGAUAAAAUUGGUUCUACCAGCAACAAAAAUCGGACAAGUCAGAGAAACAAGAAUCAGCAGAAGGUCAGAGCAUCAAAUGGAUCAAAGAGAAAAAAGACUGAAGACAAAGAAAACCCUCCUGAAUGUGUUCUAAAGACAAAUAUACUUAAAAGAAAGCGGGAACCCCUUCAAUCAACUGGCAAUAUUUCUGAUCAUUAUCCUAAAAAGAAACGUGUGGUUUCAACACAGAAGGAAUUUUAUUCCACGUCAAAUAGGCCUCUUGGAUAUUGUUUGAUCAUCAACAACUAUAACUUUGAGAAUACGUCACUUGGAAACAGGAGAGGGACAGAAAAAGAUAAAGAUGAUCUCACCAGAGUGUUUGAGAACAUGUUUUUCAAAGUUGAUGUGCGGAAUGAUUUGCAAGCAUCAGAUAUGCAGAAUGUGAUAAAGGAGCUUGCAGAGAGGGAUCACUCUCAGAUGGAUGCUUUUGUCUGCUGCAUCCUGUCCCAUGGAGAAAAAGGCUCUGUUCUUGGAAUAGAUGGAAAACCAGUUCUGAUCUGUGAACUCACACAGCCUUUUGCUGAAUGCCACACUCUAGUUAACAAGCCGAAACUUUUCUUCAUUCAAGCCUGUCAGGGUAAUGAGGGCCAGCAAGGUGUGUGUAUGGCAGAUGGACAGGAGAACACCAGAGAAGAAGGAACAUUUCAGAAGGAUUCUCAUACUGCAGCAUCGCACGGUGUCCCUAAAGAUGCUGAUUUUCUCAUUGGAAUAGCAACGGUUGAGCACUACAGAUCUUUCCGCCACAUAAAAGAUGGGUCCAUCUUUAUCCAGGAACUCUGCAAACAGUUGGAAAGUGGCUUGAAAGAGGACAUACACUCCAUUUUGACAAAGGUGAAUAGAAUAGUGAGCUCCAAAAUCCUUCAGGGUUGCAAGCAGAUGCCUGAGGUUCGCUACACUCUAACCAAAACACUGGUCCUGCCCAUGAAGCAAGGGUCUUAAUUUAUUUGCGGCAUGAUAAUCUGGCAUCCAUCUCUUCCUCUCUUGUGGGAAAAGUGCCUUUUGUAAUGCAUUUAGAAUAUUAAUCCUGAAAAUAAUGUACUGUUCUUUCUACGUUGCCUUUUACAUCCAAGA